AUGCUGCAUCCCGGCACGAGUUAUGUCGAGACAGCCACAUUCAUGUGCGACGUCACCAAGGUGGUGAACAAGUCAGUCAUGGCACGAGAUGCCACUUUUGCGCAGUCAGCCCAGGGAUAUGCUCUUCGAACUGCAGAUCUGACUCCAGAGGAUGUUGACUUCUUGGUUCGCCGAGCUACAGCGCAAGCGCCAGACGGAUAUGCGCCUUCUGAAGUUACUUGUCCCGGCACGAGGCCGUUCAUUCGGGAUAGCUCCAGUUCGGUCCUGAGCCCAGAAGAAAAGGCAUGGCUUCCUAUUCGCCGCCAAGAAACAAUCACACACAUCAAGGAUUUCCUCAAGCGUGCAGCCAUCCCCAACUUCGACAGCGCCAAGUAUUUGGUUAAUGUCGACUCCAACUCAACGGCCCUGCCCAACAUCGGCAUUGCCGUCUCUGGCGGCGGCUACCGUGCAAUGCUUAAUGGCGCUGGUGCAAUUAAGGCUUUUGACAGUCGUUCAACCGGCAGUACGGAUAAAGGCAACCUCGGCGGUUUGCUGCAAAGUGCCACCUACCUUUCCGGCCUGUCCGGAGGCGGCUGGCUUGUAGGGAGCAUUUUCACCAACAACUUUACCACUGUCCAGGAUGCCGUCGCCUCCAAAGACAUCUGGCAAUUUGGUGAAUCAAUUCUUGAGGGUCCCGAGAAUAUUGGCAUAGUAGACUACUACUCUACCAUCAUCGACGAACUGGAAAAGAAGCGCGACGCAGGCUUUAAUCGUUCCAUUACCGACAUUUGGGGCCGUAUGUUGUCAUUUCAGCUGGUGAAAGCAAAGCAUGGCGGUCCCCGUUAUACUUUUUCGUCCAUCGCCAAUGAUACCGAGUUUGCUGCGGGAAGGACGCCACUCCCUAUACUGGUUGCCGACAGCAGAGCCCCGGGCGAAAAGAACACCACGAUUGAGUCUGUCCUGUUCGAAUUCAACCCCUGGGAGCUCGGAUCCACGGAUCCUGGCAUGACUGGCUUCGCGCCGCUCAAGUAUACCGGCUCCAAGUUUGACGGUGGAAAGCUAUCGAGUGAUGCCAAAUGCAUCAAUGGCUUUGACAAUGUCGGUUACGUUAUGGGAACAUCUAGCAGUCUGUUCAACCAAAUUAUUCUUCGCAUGAAGAGUGAUCCCGCCAAGUAUCAGCCCAAAAAUAUCCCCAAGACUGUCGUGGCUUUCAUCACCGACCUUCUUACCACAUUGGGCGACCGCAGCGACGACGUCGCAGACUGGACUCCAAACCCCUUCAAGAACUGGAACUCGGGCAAGAAUUAUGUUGCCAGUUCCGAUAGGCUGACUUUGGUCGACGGAGGAGAGGACGGACAGAAUGUUCCCUUCCACCCUCACACUGUCCACGAGCGAAGAGUCGACGUUGUCUUUGCCGUGGACUCGAGUGCCGACACGAGCAAUUGGCCCGACGGCGCCUCUGCGCUUGCAACAUAUCAGCGAACCAUGAGCAAUUCGUCGGCUGGCACGUCUUUCCCUGUCGUCCCCGACAAGAACACAUUUAUAAACCUUGGGUUGAAUACGCGCCCAACUUUCUUUGGUUGUGAUACCAGCAAAUCGAGCGGCCCAGUACCCCCACUGGUCGUUUACCUGCCCAACUAUCCAUACGUCUUCCACUCGAACUUAUCCACGUUCACGAUGAGCAUCAAUGAUACCGAAAGAGACGCCAUCAUAUCAAAUGGCUGGGCCGUUGUCACUCAAAUGAACAGCACGCGCGACACCAACUGGCCGACUUGCGUCAGCUGCGCCAUGCUGUCACGCAGCUUCGACCGCACCAAGACUGAGGUUCCGGCUGCCUGCAAGGAUUGUUUUACCUCAUACUGUUGGAAUGGCACUGUCGACAGCAGCCAACCUGCUACGGCUUACGCACCCAAGAUGUGGAGUAACACUACAAUCGAUGUUGCUUCCAAGAAGGACAGUGCUGGCGCUCGAACCACGAGUGGCUCUGCCACGUUGAUUGCAUUGGCCAUCGCCUCGGCUAUGUUGUUGCUCUAA